AUGGAUCGUGACACUCUACCACCACCAACCAUGGAUCUAUCCGCGAUAGUGAACCAAGAUGAGGGGCUGGUGCUACCGCGCCGGUCCAGCUCGAUUGCGCACGCCAUGUCGCAGCCGAGUCCCGUCUCCGCAUCCUCGAAGCUGCCGACGACGAACGCGAGAGCGACACCACUGAAGCGCAAGCGAUACGAACCCAAGCCGAUAUGGGCGUAUAGAGAGGGCGAGGAGCUGCCCGAGGAACUCCAGCGACUACAAGACCAACAGCGCCAACAAGCGCGACCCCCUCCGCCGCCUGUACAGCCCCAGGCGCAUCACCAGGCUCCGGCCAUGGGGCAACGCAACGGACCACCACAACCACCACCACCACCACCUGCACCCUCGGCUGCCGCGCCGGCGCCGGCCACCGCCAACGAGCUUGCAGGCUUCGAGCGACCUGUGUCCAACGAUGCGCACGUCUACGAUGACGUCUCGCGCAAGGUGUGCGAUUUCAUUUGGACGACCGCCGUGAAUAACGAGCUCGUGCGCAAGGCUAUCGCGGAGUCACCAGCCACGCAGCUCGAAGUGGAAGCGCGUUGGGGCCAAAUCAUCGACAAGCACAGCAGCAACCGUCUGCGUGGCUUCCACGACACGGAAUGCGUGCUGCGGAGGAACGACAACCUGGACGUCAAGUUUGAGAGCACAAUGACCAUGGAGCAGCACAAGCGCAUGAACAUGUACCUCAACGGCCAGGUCCAGCGCUCGGCACCGGCCUCGGGUUCCAACCGGGCUCCGAUCAAAUACAGCCACACCAAAGAGAUCGAUCAGUUCUACGAGGUCUCCCAGAAAGCGUUCGACAACCUCCCUCCCACGGUGCGAGUGCUGAUUGCACAAGCGCAGAAGAAGGAGCGGAUCCGUGUCUCUAGAGAUGCAAGGACGGGCAGUGUUCUACGCAAGAUCAUCAAGCUCCGCAUAGCCAAUCUGGAAAUCAGCUCCCCGCAGACGGAAUGGGACUAUCGUAUCGGUAUCAAUCUGGAAAUCGACUACCCUGGACCCAUUGAAGACCUGGAACCCAGCGUCGACCCUGGAAAGACGCUGCAGAGCAUGCAGCGCCAGAAGGAUCGAAUGUCGUACUCCUGGCUUGGUGCAUACCAGGUCGAUCUGACGCAGGUUGUACAGGGGCCGAGCAAGAACCACGAGCUCGAGCUGGAACUCGACUCGCAGGUGUUGCUGGACAAUGCGGACAAGGUACGGAGGAAGGAGGUGAACAGCUUUGAACCCUUGAUCAAUGGCAUGCUCAACAACCUGCGCGUUCUCUCGCGCGAGAUAACGCCUCAAGGUCCGGCUUAA